AUGGUUUCUAAUAUUAUUAAGGCGGUUGAAGAAAAUAUCAAAGACUCUGGUAUAAAAUUAAUAGUUAACACAUCUGAUAUCACCUCAGAUGAUGCUGAAAUAUUGGAGGAACGUGUUAAUAUAACAAAGUUUGUAAUAGUUCAUUCACCUGUUUGUGAAAUAAAUGAUGUGAUACUAGAAGUGUGGUUAUCUAUAGAUAAUCCUGUAUCUAUUGGGUCACAAGAUGCUGAUUCUUUGUCUCCUUCCAGCUCUUCAAAAAACAAUCAUAUUUUACACAAUUCAUCUCAGAAAAACUCUUCUCUACCUGUUAUCCAAAAAUUCAAUAUUAUAGUAGCUGAUAGGGAAGGUUGGGAUUUGGCUCAAUUAUUUUCUGAUGCUGAAGACGCAGAAAGCAAAAUGAUAAAAGCUAAACAAAAAGAAUAUAUUCACUGGUAUGCUUAUAGAAAAUCAUAUGAAAAUAAGGUUGCAGAAAUUUACUCUAAAACUGAUGUAGUCGAAAAAACUGCAAAGUUUCAAGUUUAUACCAUGAUUAAAGUUUCUUUACCUAAAGUUUCAGAUUUAAAUCUAUAUAAGAAGACCCAAAGAGCUGGGAGAGUUUAUAAACUGUUUGAAAAAAUUAUUGAUUUCACAAUUAAUAAAGAAGUCAAGGGAAUAGGUAUUGACAAGGCUUAUGGGAUUUUAUAUGGUGUAAAAAAUGAUAGUAAUGAACGUCAUGACAUAUUUAAUCUUGAUAGUUUAGCAUUCUGUCCAAUAUGUAAGAGAGACUAUAAAGAAGAAGUUUAUGGAAUGAUAUAA